AAAAAUGAUUGGUGGCAGUGAUUUAAUUACUUCUCCUUCUUCAUAUAUUGAAAAACAUAAACUAACUGGUUCUGAUGAUGUUCUUCAAUUUGCGGUGGGCACCAAUGUAAUUUUACAAAUAGAGCAACCCCAACAAGACAAUAAUUUGCGUUUGCGGGACUCUGUCCGUGCAUCUUCCCAAAUUUUGACAGAAUACAAAUGGGAAAGUAAAACAAAUUAUGCUGGAAGAAUUCUUAGUUGUAAUGAUAAAUUGAUUGCUUAUCGCCUUUUCAAUGAAACUACGGGGGAAGCUGUUCGAGUACUUGAAAGAGAUCAACGUUUUCGUCAUUUAAUCAAAGAUUUUCAACAUCCAACGGUUGAUUUGCAGUGGGCAACACAUGCCCCUCUUUUGGCUGUUUUGGAUGCUAAUACAAAUAUUUACAUUUAUAUGGUGGAUAAUAAUGGACAGAAAUUAAGCAAAUACUUGAUUAUCAUAAAAGAAGGUGAUCACACAAAUAAAGGGCCUGCUCGUCUUGUUUGGUGUCCUUAUAUAUCUGAUGAUGGAAGCGAAAAUGGAGAACAUGAAGAAAUUCAUUUACUUGGAGUUGUACAGGGUCAACAAAUAACUUUAUUCAUGUUAAACAAAAUUAGAGAAGAAAUUGGCCGUACUGAAGUUACUUAUGAACGAAUUAGAGAACUUAAAGGUGUAAUGACGAGUGUCCAAAUUGAAUCAGAAAUCACAGCCUGUAAAAUCAGUCCAGAUGCAACAGCUUUAGUAGUAACCGGUUCAGAUGGCGAAUUGGCAUUUUUUGUAAUUGAACAAUUUGAUGAUGAUAUACAAAUAGCGAGUAAUUGUCGUCCACUUGCUAACAAUCCAAUCGAAGAAUUAAUUUUUUUGGAUUCUUUGUGGAAAACUGUUGUUCUUUCAUCUGAUAAUGGGAGGCGUUUAGCUAUUUUUGAUUGUGAUAAUUGGCAGUGUAUGGCGAAAUUAAGAUUUGAAUCGCCGAAUCAAGUAACGAGAAUGGAACUUUUGGCAGAACCGAAUAUGCAUUUUCUUUUUGUUGCUGACUAUGAUCUUUCUAAUCUUUUCUGCAUCGAACUUACCCAGCCUAUGCCGCAGCCUUCUGGAAAAAUUGGUCCGCUCUCUUUUGCAGCUUGCACUCAAAUUAGUUUUUGCAAUCCGCUCAUUUGUAUUGUGCCAUGUUCUUUGACUGAUCAUUCUGCUGAUUUAUCUCUAGAAGAUGAAGAUCAAUUAGUAUUUGGGGGAGAUAAUAAUUCUGGAACAACACCUUCUACAAUAGCUACUUUAAUUGCUAUUACACAACGUUCUCUUUUAGAAAUUAAUGUUGAAUUGGACCGUGUAUUUAAUGUAAAUCCUUCUGUUGCUUCAGCAAUUCCAAUAAGUACUUCACAACAAUCAUCGAGAAGUCAUCACAUUCAUCCUUCUUAUAUUUCUUCUCAAUCGGUUGAAAAUUCUGCACCAGAAAAUUUGCAACAACAACAGACACAACAAUUAUUGGAAGAACUUAUAGAUCCAAACAAUUUGGUUAAAAAUACUCAAUCCUUGUCUUUACACGACACAAAUCGUUCUGCAAGACAAUCAUCUGCUGACAAUAUUGGUGCUUCAAAUAAUAAAAGUUUUGGUUGUAUUGACGACGUUAAUGGAAGUAAUUACUACAGGAGUGAAUGGCAACAACCACCUUUAAAUAUUAACAAAGAAUUUUUUGAAAAGAUGAAUGAAACAAUUGAAAGACGUUUUGGAGAAUUUGGAGAAAAGAUGGACGAGCUUUCACAGCAAUUGACAAAACUACAAGUGGAAAAUGAACAGUUACGGGCAAAUCAAGCAGACAAUUUGUCUAAUGUCUUGGAGAAAAUUUCAAAUGAAUUAAAAUCUCGUGAGGAUCGAAUGCAGUCAUUAGUUAUUAAACAAUAUAACGAGGGAGCUGAACAAAUUGUAAGAAGCACUGAAGCAUUGUUGACAAAUCAUUCGGAAAAUUUACAACGAAAUAUGGAUUAUGCUCAAAGACGUGGUUCUGAACAGAUACAUUUAAGUUUAGAACGAAUUCUGGUCCCACAGGUCGAAUCUGUCUGUACCCAACUAUUUCACCAAUUAAAUGAGUCUUUCCGUUCUGGUCUUCAAGAAUUUAUAGAACAAUUGAAAACUCUAAGUAAACAACAACUAGAACAAAUAAAAGUUGCAGCACAGCAACAACAGCAUUAUCAACAACAACAGCAGCAACAACAAUCAGAACCACAACUUACAUCUUUGGAACGAUUAAAUCGAUUAUUAAAUGCUAACAAAUUGAAGGAAGCUUUUGAAUUGGCUCUAAACCACGACGAUUCUGUCCUUCCUGGAGGCGAUCUACUUCUCCCGAUUGUUUGUAAACGUGUAGAUCCAGAUACUUUCUUCUCCACUUCAUCGAAUAGUGCCGCUGCUGCAGUUUCUCCAUCAUCAGCUAAUACAUCCUCUACAACUUCAAUACCCCCACCUCCACUUCCAAUUGGGGCAAUUUAUCAACUUUUAUUACAAUUGGCAGCUAGAUUGGAGACUGACACAGAUUUAAAAUUUCGUUAUUUGGAGAAUGCUUUGCCUGCAUUAAAUAAUGUUUUGCUUUUUGGACGGCAAUCAACGAGUAGUGCAUCCUCAACUUCGGGAAGAACAACAAUGAAGGAACAAAAAGGAGGAACUAAACAAAAUACACUUGACUUGCGUGGAGUUAUGGAGCGGUUGGGACAAGCACUUUUUGUGUUUGGAGAAAAAGAAGAAAAUCGUGAAUGUAAACGACGUAUCCGACUCCUGAAUCAAUUAAUUACCAAUAUGCUCGCCGUAAAUGCUAGCCAUUAA